CAUUGCUGUUCCUUGAGGUAUUCUAAAGACGUUAAUGUGACGCACGGAAAUUUGAUCUUAAACUUAAUAUUUUUGUAGGAUUAAUGAAUAGUUUGUCAAGUUUACAGUACUAAAGUGUGGAAUAUAAAUAUGAAGUGGGACUGGGCGAGAUUUACUCCUUGAGCUGCUAUCUAAACAGAAUAACUGGUAGCUGUGUCUUUGACUAAUGGGUACCACUGAUAAGGAGAUACAAGCUUCAACAGAAAACCAACGUGUCUUGGACUAUGAUUUGGAGCUGCCUCGCACUCUCACUUUACAACCAUGCUGUGUACAUCUUCCCGCUGAGUGUCCUGCACUGGUACUGGAGACCGGUCAACUACCCAGCGAAUGCACCUGAAGUCCUGCGAGUCGUCUGGGACCUUGCAGCCUGCCUGCUUCUCUUUGACUUUCAGUACUUUGUAUGGCAUCUUCUGCAUCACAAAGUACCCUGGCUCUACCGCACUUUCCAUAAGGUGCAUCACAAGUACACAUCCACCUUUGCCCUGGCCACUGAGUACUCAGGGGCUUGGGAGACUCUGUCUCUGGGUUUCUUCGCUGCAGUGAAUCCCAUGUUGCUGGGGGUUCAUCCUAUGACAGAGAUGCUUUUCCAUAUGCUGAACAUGUGGUUGUCAGUUGAGGACCACUGUGGCUAUGACCUGCCAUGGGCGACACACAGACUGGUGCCUUUUGGACUGUAUGGAGGAGCUCCACACCAUGAUGUCCACCAUCAGAAGUUCAAGUCCAACUACGCUCCAUACUUCACUCACUGGGACAAGCUCUUUGGGACACUGCACUCUGAAUGAACUGAACAACUGGAACAAGCUACAUGAACUGAUUUCAUUUGUCUUUUUUGUAAAAAGUGCAUUAUCAUUCUGUGAAUGAAUACCCUUGACUCUAAAACUUUAUAGUUUAUGUGUUAAUGUAAUUCUCUAUUUAUCGAACAUCUGUAUUUAAGUGUGACUGUAAGAAAAAUAAGAGAUAUGAAUAUGCUAUGUGUAAGGACUAUAUGAAGCACAUUUGUUAACUUUAACCUGUUUUUUUAAUUAUUAUUGUUAUUAUUAUUAUUAUUUAUAAACAUGUUUUGAUACUAACUGUUUUGGAUCAUGAAAUGUGUGUGAAACAUGAAGAACAGAUGCAACAAAACAGCAAUAAAGCUAUGAAGUAAAUACUAUAAA